AUGAAGCGAGUCCUAGACGAACCAUCGGAAAAGCUAAUUUGCCCAUUUUGUGGUGGUGCCUAUCUCAGAAGGGACGUUCUACGUCGCCAUCUUCAACGAUGCGGGCACAAGGGAGACUACCAACCUCCCAUUCAGGGAAAGCCAGGCAGAAAGCGAAAAUCAUGCAACGCCUGUGCUACAGCGCGGGUAUCCUGUGAUGGAGAUCUGCCUUGCGAGGCCUGCUUACAAAAGGGCCUUAAUUGCUCCUUCAGCCGCACUCACGAGCAGUCACCCAGAUACCCCCAGGCUAGUCAAGGCACAACUGGUCAAUUGCCUGAUGAUAUCAAUCCGUCAACGGAAAGGGAUCCAUGCCAGGGCCCCGCAAAGUUGUCAAUACCGUUUCUCCUACAUUAUACAAAUGUAGAGAAUGAAUCGAAGUACGAAAGCCUUCGUCUGCUGUCUCAAUGUACGGGUGCGGAUCCACAAGUCGGUUGUUGUGCUGUGGACCAUCAUCAACCAGGAAAUUCAUACUUCCUCACAGAUCCUUGGGAAAGGUUGUUUCACUCUUUCAUAUGUACUGCUAACCUGGACCCACCAUGCGACUCGCAAUCCAGUGCGAUCUACUCAUUUGCUCAUGCAGAUCUUGAGAGCACUUCCGCCGAGCUCCUAGGACUACUCGCCUGCUCUGAGCACCAAGAUGCACUGGGUCAGGAAAUCCUGGGCAUUGAUACCACCAGACAACUAUUCACUCCUGUUAACAUCGCCAAGUUUAUUAAAGCAUUCUUCGACAAUCCAUUCCACACUCACUACAUCAAUUCAGCCGCAUUCAGCUUGAACAAAGCCUCAAAUCUUCUUGCUCUGACAAUGGUGCUAUUAGGGGCGGUUUACAGUAAUCCUUACCGCUCAGAUGAUCUAACAACAUACUCAAACAUCACCGAACACUUAAUCUUCGAAGGAUCAGCUUUCAAGAAGUUGUUACAAGGAAAUCGUGACAUCCUCAAUUCCCGUGGCACUUUAGAAACCCUCCAAGCUGCAAUGCUUGUUGUUAUACUGCAGUCCUAUAAGGAAAAUCCCGAUAGCAUACGACGCAUUCGCUUGCAACGCAUGCCGACUAUCUUUACUGUUAUCCGUAUGCUCGACUUAAAUAAGAUUACGAAUGACUGUAUUCCUGGAGUUUCAGACUGGGACACAUAUCUUCACCGUGAAAGCCUUGUCAGAGUCAUGGCAGGCAUCUACCUGCUCGACUGUUAUUGUGUUAUCUUCUUUCGCUAUCCGACCCUUCUGAGACUCGAUGAGAUAGCUUUCGAAAUACCACAACGGGAUGAUCUAUUCCAUGCCCACAACGCCGCUGAAUGGGAGGAACUAUCAUCGAAGGAUCAGAAGCCCUACGAACCAUUACGAUUGCGGACCGUUCUCCGCGACUUCAUGAGGCCCGAAGGCCAACCUCCUCAACGCGGGCAAUAUUUUCCGAAUACUAUAUUCGGGUCAUUUCUUGUGGUUUCGGCUAUACAAUGUGUAUUAUUUGACCUGUUAGCCCUGCACACGUUCAUGGAUGAUAUUCGAGUAUUUGAACCGGUGGAACGUGCCUUGAAUCGGUGGAAGACACACUGGGACUCAAUGUGUCAAGGAAUUGAACCAAGCACUGCCAGACGAGCUGGAUUCAUUAUCCACGCUGCCGAAUUCUGGUGUGUUGCCAAGGCUCUUGUAAAGCACCCAUCUGCUGCGUGGCCUGAAGACAGUAAAGAUACGUUGGAUACGACACAAAGCUUUCGUCGUCUGGUCGACAGGUUGAUGGCUGAUGAUGAUACUGCAAAAGUAGUUUAG